UCAGUUGUUGGCAGCACUGGGUCUCUGGUCUACUAAACUGUCAAUGCCAUAUAGGCCCCGCCUUCAGAAUGCUGAUAAAUUUUUAUUAUUGAAAACAUAAUAUAGCUGAUAAGGAUAAACGAACGAAACGAAAUGUUUUAUUAUAUAUCCAUGUUUGUAUACAGCGGUAUAUGUUACGUUAUAUCAUUUCUAUUUACGUUUGUAUCGAUGUUACGAACAGUUCUGCCGUUUGGGCUCGAUGUGGGACUGUUAGGAGUCGCUGCGUAUUAUCUGACGAUGUUGAAGAAGCCCGAUAAGUUUAAUGUUGAGAAUAUAUUCGGACCGGAGCCCUCGUCUAAGGAUGGAACCGUAUAUCCAGAAAAAGUGGUGAAAUGUAUUGCUCAUCGUGGAGCCGGUUUCGAUGCGCCUGAAAAUACUUUAGAGGCGUUCAAAUAUUGUGCCGAAAGAGACUGUAAUUUUGUCGAAUUGGACGUGAGGACGUCAAAGGAUGGUCAGCUAGUGUUGUUACAUGACCAAGGCUUGGAGAGGCUUACGGGGACGAACAUUACUAAUGUAAAGUCGGUGGACUGGGAUACCAUAAAGAAUAUAGAUAUUGGUGCUACACAUCCUAAUCGGCAUCAAUUCAAAGAAGUGCACUUGUGUCGUCUAGAAGACGCCUUGGACUAUCUUCUGUCUAAGAACUGUCGAAUGAUCAUCGAUGUGAAGGGGGAAGACAAACAGGUUAUAAAUGGAAUUCUAAACACAUUUUCAAGCCGUCCAUUGCUCUACAAGUUUGCAGCUGUGACAACAUUCAACCCUCUGAUACUAUAUCAGAUCCGCAAGAAAGAUCCACAAAUCGUAGGCGCCAUCAGCUAUCGUCCGUACUGUUUUAGUGCACAGGACUACGACGCUGAGAAUGGACCCAGUAAUCCUAGAUGUGUCAGCAGCGUCGGUUGAAGUUGUAGGAAUAUCAGCUGCGCAAUCCACCGAGGCAGGAAUUUCCGGAUGAAUGUUUGACUCGACAGCGCAAAGCUGUUCAGUGUUUUUAGAAAAAUCUGCCGGGACUUUGAUCGCCGUAAACCACUUGUAGCAUUGCGCGUGGUAUGCUGCAUCUCCCAAUGCAUCAUCGGGAAGUUUCAGAUUGUCAUACGUCGUACGUGAUUUUCUGAUGCUCGGUUUGUUUUGGCGAUAUUCAAACACUGUCUUACAUUUUUUCAAAGUUUCUGUAGUAAACGUCGCCAAUUUUAUUA